GCUGUCACUACAAACAGAGCAUUCAAUGCCUUCAAUGCACACAAGUAUUUGAAAUACGAGUCAAACGUUUGAUUCAUUCAUUCAUUUUAUGCAAACAUUUCAUUCAAUUUUAAUCACAUUUUCAUUGAUUUUUAUUGAUUUCAUUCAUUUCACCGCCGAUUCAGUGGCCGUCCGAUGCGUCCCAUACAACCGAAGACACCGUUGGGUAAGAAGACGGCGCCUCCCACUCGACCCAAACCGCCCAAAACCCCCAGUAAUGGCCAAAACAACGCGAAUGCGGCCAACAAAGAGCCCGUCCAAGUGUUUUGCCGACUCAGACCUCUCGACAAUUACGCCGAUUUGGUUGCCGUCCAUCGCGUGCCCACAAACAACACUCUCCUCCGUUUGACGGCUGCCAACGGAUCCCGCGGUGACCUCUUC